GACAAGAUUUACUACGGAGCAGAAAUCCGCUCAGCGUUCUGAAUUGGCUGCGGACAAGCAAUUGUUGAGCGAGCGCAUUCAACUUUUAAAUCUCUGCUUUUUAAGCAACUAAGUGGAAAGAACGUUCCUAUUGUUGAAAUUCCUAACAUUGUGCAUCAAGUGCUCUUUACUUUGAAUCAUCUUUUAUACCCGCAUAAUAAGCAGCAUACUCCUGCAGAAUUACAUUUUAGAAAAGAGGAGGAGCUGCCUCGCCCCCUUGUGUCUUUCAGGAAACUUCCGGAUCCAGCAUGGCGUGGCCCUGUACCGCUGAUUACCUGGGGACGCGGAUACGCCGCGGUAGAUAUCGAUGGGGACCCUCUGUGGGUGCCAGCACGCUGUGUACGACCCUGGCGAUCAUCUACAGUUUCUUCUUCAGCCCAGUCGUCGCAGAUGCCGCAGAGGGAGGAGGCAGACCUUUCUACACUCUUUCUGGAGGACAGCGCCUGUCACCCGGUCUGAAACACCAUGGCACCUGGCGGCAUCGUGCUCUAAAUAUGGCUGCACUCCGUCAAGAUCACCUUCCAUCUAUUCGAUCUGCAAGCCAUAAUCGCUCUAGGCGUGCUGCCAUUUUACAGAAGUAUCAAAGACCUGACUCUUAUCAUUCCAUAUGGAAUAAUAAUACCUAUGUACAGGAUAUUUCUCAGUUUGCGAAAUUGCUUAACUAUUCUGAUUGUUGGAUUUGCUUACAUAUUCCCCCGCAGUCACAACAUUCGGGUAUAUUACUGCAUGGUAUUCCUAUUAAUGAUUCUUUUAGAAUUAGUAAUAAUAUGAGAGAUAAUCGUAUUAGUUCACCCCCUGUUAUAUUAUCAUUAUUAGAAGUAGCUCCACGAUGUUUUCGCUUUAAUCACGAUAGUAGCAGAUUUUUAGGUCAUUAUCCUUAUUGUAAUUGGACUUAUGAGUAUGUUAAUGGUAGCUCUUGUUUUCUUAACGUCACUACCCAAAGCGGCAGGCCCAAGGUAACAAUUAAUAAUGUUACCAGAUACAUGACAUAUUACCAACAGGCUACAUGCCGUGAUUUUUAUUUAUGGUUUGAUUGGAUGAAGAAGAGUUCGAAAUCCACAUGCGUGUUACAACGAAAUCUGUGGCUUUUGUGUGGUAAGAAAGCAUACAAAGAGAUUCCCUCUGCUUUUUCAGGGACUUGCACUCUAGGGGUAGUGAUACCACUGGUGUAUAAGUUAGAUGCUCUUCCUCGCACCCGCUUGCGCAAUAAACGCGAAGUCGAUGCCCCUAUAACUCAAUAUACUGAUACUCAGAUAGCUCGCAGUAUUUUUCCAUCACUAGGAGUCGCAAUGAAUUAUAGGGAUUUGCAUCGUUUAGCUAACUGGACAGAGGCUUUGUUCAACGAAACAAUUAAAGGCAUGAAGUUGAUCAAUACAGAAUUACAGGAGGUCCGUGAAGUCUCGCUUCAAAAUAGAUAUGUUUUGGAUAUUAUUUUAGCAGCUAAGGGAGGCGUAUGUGCUUUGAUACAUAGUCAUUGUUGCAUGUAUGUGCAAGAUAAUGGUCCUAACAUUACUCAUACUAUACAAGAAAUGGAGAACUUGGUGGCUGCACGGCCCUUGCAACCUGCCGUGGGUUUUGAUCCAUGGGAAUGGCUGCUGUCUUGGUUGCCUAACGGUGCCUGGAUCAGGAAAACACUUUUGACGCUUAUGGGAUUAGCCUGUGGCUUGGUUAUGUUAUGUUGCUGCAUUCAAUGUUUACCCUCCCUCUUUGGUCAAUGCAUGACCUGGUUUCAGGCUGCACGCCCCUCCACUGGAAUUUCACGUGGAGCCUUCAUUGCGAGGUAUCAGCGACUCCCUAUCAGGCUUCCCACGUGUUAAUUUACCCUGUUGCUUAAAAAUAAAA